AUGGCGGCAGAGAUGGAAGCUCUCAAACGGUUAGUCAAAGGAAAAGGUGUUGUUAGAGUGGGUGACCACAAUUAUCCCCGUGAUGAUGCAGCAGAUGCAAACAGAAAGUUGAACACUCGGACGGGCAUCACUAUAGUUUUUAAGAUCCCAAUCUACCGUAUACUUAGCGAAAUCCGUGACGAGGUUGACGUCCAGUUUCCCUCUAAGCUUGGCAAUGCGCAAAAGGGUUUCAAUCUGCGGUACUACUGCACAUUUCAUAGGAAACAAAGGCACCGAAAAGAGGACUGCUUGCCCCUGAAGCAACACUUGGAGGAGUUAGUCACCGCUGGUCACUUGGACCGUUACAUCGAUUGGGGCGUCAGGGCCGCGCACCACGCACUGGUUGAGCCAAGUGGUUUGGACGACCUUGAGGUACCCCUCCAAGGAGUGGUUAAUGUGAUCCACGGUAUAGUAGAGUCGACGCAAGUAUGUGAGCUAAGUGGGAUGAUAAAAAAAACGGAACAUAUAAGGGAAGUUUUGUCAGUACAGCCCGCGAUCAAGAGAGGCAAGAUCGAGGAGAAAAAUGUGAUUAGCUUCUCAAGUAGGGAUCUUGACCGCAUUCAAACGCCACACAAUGAUGCCCUGGUGGUCACCCUUCGCGUCAGGGACUUCGAUGUUAAGCGCAUCUUAAUCGACCAAGGCAGCUCGGUCGAGAUCAUAUACUACGACGCCUUCAAGUAA